AUGGAUUCGAACAGAGAACAACUCUUGGAAAAUGGCAACUUGAAGGGCACAAGUAGAACCGAGGAGGAGGUUCACCAUGGCAUGACUGUUAGUGUUCAAAAUGGGAAGGUUAGGAGGGUACUCAGUAACCUUCAGGUUGUUCUUCUGGGGACCAAGCUUUCGGUACUCCUUCCCACCAUUCCUCUAUCCUUUGUUGCUGUCUACUGUGGCUUUGGAAAGGCUUGGAUUUUUACUAUGAGCUUGCUUGCACUAACCUUACUUGCUGAGCGAAUCAGCUUUCUCACAGAACAAGUAGCAUACUACACUGGUCCAACAGUGGGAGGGCUUCUAAAUGCAACAUUUGGAAAUGCCACAGAGCUGAUUAUAGCAAUUUCAGCUCUAAAUCAACACAAAUUGCGGUUGCUCAAGUACUCUCUCUUGGGUUCAGUUCUUUCAAAUCUUCUUUUAGUUCUUGGGACAUCUCUUUUUUGUGGUGGCCUUGCCAACCUAAGAAGUGAGCAAAAAUUCGAACGAAGGCAGGCCCAUGUGAACUGCCUCCUUCUAAUGCUAGGUGCAUUCUGUCAUAUGCUGCCUAUGUUGCUUCAAUAUGCCGGGGACUCUACUGUAACAGGAGGCCAAGCACUGGAGCUAUCAAGGGCCCUUAGUAUCAUUAUGCUGUUCUCGUAUGCUACAUACCUGUUCUUCCAGUUAUGGACUCACCGCACAUUUUUUGAAUCAAACGAAGAAUCAAAUGAUGAUGACGAUGAUGAUGUGGCUGCAGUAGGUUUCUGGAGUGGAUUUGUAUGGCUAUUUGUUGUUACAAUAAUCACAGCUUGGUUGUCUGAGUAUGUGGUUGGCACAAUUGAGGAUGCAUCAAAAUCUUGGGGUUUGUCUGUGAGCUUCCUCAGCCUCAUCUUAGUUCCAAUUCUUGGAAAUGCAGCGGAGCAUGCAGGUUCAAUCAUAUUUGCUCUUAAAAACAAAUUGGAUAUAUCUUUAGGAGUCUCUCUGGGAUCUGCAACUCAGAUCGCCAUGUUUGUGGUGCCAGCGUGCGUCGUUGUUGCUUGGAUAAUGGGCAUUAACAUGGAUAUCAACUUCAAUCUCAUCGAGACGGUGUCUCUUACUCUAGCAGUGAUCACCACAUCCAUAGCUUUGCAGGAUGGAACUUCCCAUUAUGUGAAAGGGCUGAUUCUUAUUCUUUGCUACAUUGUUAUUGGGAUCUGCUUCUUGAUAUUCGAAACACCAAUGGAUGAAGAAACAAAAAGGACGAACAUGCACUUGAGACUGAAACCAUGGAUGAAGGAGUAG